AUGGAUGUAUAUUGAUACAAAAAGUACCAGCAGAAAAAUAAUUUAGAAUAAGAAAAUUGAUAUUCAUUUGGUAGGUGCUAAUGUUGUUCCUUAAGUCGAGUAAUGUAGAAUUGAAAGCAAUUAAGUUCCUCGUGUAGUUAGGUUUUAGGUAAUAAAGUUAGCAUUUUUAUGA